AUGGCAUCUCAGAAAAGGUGUGCAUUGCGAGAGCCCCCUUGGGAGGGCAAGCGAGCCAAGCUGGAGGAGGACGAGCGGGAGACGAAGCAGGAGCUCGAGGAUUUGGGUUCAAUAUUUUCGCAGUCCACGGCCUGCGACGACAGUUUGCCGCCCCAGCUUUCGCAAAGCUCUGCAGCAGAGUCCUGGGUUCCAUGCCUUUCGGAGUGCCUGUCUGGGGCAGAAGCGGGCUGGGAAGCAAAGGAAGACGGCAACACCUCGAUCAAAGAAGAUCCUUUUUUGCAAGGCAUGGAAUGGGAUGAGCCACAGCCAAGCUGCAGUGACGGCUCUUGCGAUGUCAAGCUCGAGGAGGAGCCUCAUCCAGAAGGUGCUGCUCCUGUCCAGAGCCGCGCUCUUUGCGUGGAAGGGCCUGCCGCGAUUGCUGUCUCGCAUCUUCCUGAGAAGGUAGUGCUGAACGAGCUGAAAAGCGAGAUGAAGUCGGAAGCCUCAUUCACAAAGAUGGAGUUUGACUCUUCGCAGAGCGCAGCCGUUGGUUCGGAAGCGUCCUGGCAGCUCACCUCGGAGAGCCUGAGCUGGCAGACUCUUGGUUCCAAUAUUGGCCGAGAAAUGUCCUUCAAACAGGAAGCGGCGGAAGAUGAAGAGUUCGCAGGCGCAAGCAAUCACGUCAAAGAAGAGAUGAUUUUUGUCAAGCAGACCGAGGGUUUGAUGCAGCAUGAUCCCUCCUUGGCGCCGGCUGUGUCCGGACACCACUGUGCACAAAUCGAUUCUGAACAAAGAGAAGAGAUAGCCGCGCGAAAAGCGCGAAAAUCUGACAGGCCCGGCAGUUGCAAGAGAGACGACUCGACUGGGGAGAGCCUUAUUGCGCGAAUUAGGUCCGGGGAGCUAAAAACAGUUGCACCUCGAAUGACAGAUUUUAUAGGAAUAUCGGAUUCAGACUGGAUGAAGAUGCAGCCGAAGGAGGUCCCUACUGCUUUUUUGGGGCGGUACAUGGGCUCAGGUGAUCGUCAGUACCAUUAUGAGCACGCCUCCAGCGGCAAAGGCAGCUUCAUUGCCACCCUGGUCACACCUGGUUUUUUCCAGCGCCGUUUCAGGGGGCGUCCAAAGCAAAACCGGCACGAAGCAGAAGUAGAUGCCUGCCGAGUCUUUCAGAACGACAAGGAGGUGAAUGAGGCGCGGCGUCUCUUGCCACCGUCGAUGCAGAAAAUUCGGCAACGCGCUUCGCUUAGUAGUGCCCAGAAGGAAAGCCUGACAGCCAGGGGGUAUGACGUGACACUUGUCCAGAAAGACAUGCUGAUCCAGGUGUACAAUGGGUUUAGGGAUCUUGGCUGUCGCAACUCCAUGUGGGACAGCGGCUCCUAA